AUCACCUCCUACAUACUCUCGCUAAGACAUACUUGUAUUACCCCAUUAGCCACGAAUAUCUGAACAUCGCUUCGGAUCAUUUCUACCACGCUAAUCACCUCUAUACGAUUCGAUACAGAAGAUACGCACAUCGAUAUGUGGGUCCGGUGCAGGUGGUGGCGAUUUUAAGGAGGAAAGUCUCCCCCAUGAAGAAACCCCGCAACCUAGGCAGUGCUCGCGAUCAGCUGCCCUUAACCAGUGGUAGGUAGUAGGAUGCAUGCACUUCGAACAUGGGCCACCGGAUCUCCCAAGGAAAAUCAUUAUAAGGGCAAUGGUCAUUCCAUGAAAAUUCGUCAUCUCUCACUAUGUCCAAUCCUACUACUUCGUCCAAAUCCCGCCUUCAACAAGUCGCCUGCCACAUCGUGCCACAGUCUGCGCAACCGAAACGUAUCAAGAGUACCAUGGAUGUUGCUGGCUAUGCUCUAAUAACAGGUGCAGCUUCUGGCAUCGGUUCUGCGUGUGCAAGGGCUUUCGCGCAGGAGGGUUCGGCAGGCAUCGCGCUUGUCGAUUUAUCCCGGGAAGCACUUGACCGUGUUAAGGCGGAAAUCUUGAAGGAGACCGAGCAAUCAGAAGCCAGAAUCCGGAUAGAAACUUAUGCAGUGGAUAUUUCUGAUGAGCAAGAAAUCACGAAAGCUGUCAAUGAGGCAGCAAAGACUUUCGGUCGUCUAGACUACGUCGUCAAUGCAGCAGGUAUUGCGAUGAAGCACACAGGCGGAACUGCAUUUGCAAAGACACAUGACUGGCAAAAAAUCUUGGACGUCAAUCUCAACGGCACAUUCUUCGUGCUUCGUGCUGCAGCGCAGAUCAUGCUGAAGCAAGACCCUAUUCUCUCAUCCCUGGACGGCCGGCCACUCCAACGGGGGUCUAUCGUAAACUUCAGUUCCAUUCAGGGUGUCGUCGGGAUCACUCUCUCCACGGCUUAUACGGUCAGCAAACAUGCUGUUAUUGGCCUAACGCGAACAGCCUCCGAAGAUUAUGCAUCACAAGGUCUGCGAGUGAAUGCUAUUUGUCCAGGGUACACUGAGACGCCUAUGACAACAAAGAAUCCAGCCGUGAAAGCAGCAAUGGAUGAGAGGAUUCAAAGUGCCGUUCCCAUGAAAAGAAUGGGUAGCCCAUCAGAGAUUGCGGACGGUGUGUUGUAUCUUGCAGGCGGGAGGAGCAGUUUCGUAACAGGCAGUGCUUUGAUGGUUGACGGUGGCUACACUUCACGAUAGUUAAAUGUACAGAUUAGCUGCUACCCUAUAGUAUUGUGUUA